AUGCUUGACUUAUUUAGCAUCUUUAGUAAAGGAGGGAUAGUGCUAUGGUGUUUUCAAAGUACCAGCGAGAUUUUCUCGCCUUCUGUUAACGCACUAAUUCGCAGUGUAAUCUUGCAAGAACGGUCUGGAAAUAAUACAUUCAAUCAUAACUCCUUAACACUCCAGUACAAACUUGAUAACGAGUUUGAACUCGUGUUUGUCGUAGCGUAUCAACGCAUACUACAAUUAUCUUAUGUGGAUAAAUUUUUAAAUGAUGUGCAUUUGGAGUUUAGGGACAAGUAUAAAAAUGAGCUACAAACAGGGCGACACAAUAUGGAGUUUGAGUUUAAAAAGUGCUUCGACAGGGUCCUCAAAGAAUGUGAACACUGGGCAAAGUCACAAGCUAAAAUUCCAAAACAAAUGAGAACUUUCGAGGAUUCUCAAAAAUCUAAGAAGACUGUAGCUUCUAUGAUAGAGAGAAAAGGAGAUGAAAAAAAUAAGAAAUCUGUUAAAAUAGUUGAAUCUAAGAAUCUGACAAAUGGUAAAGUAGAAGAAUCACCUGAGCCAGAGGAUGAUGUGAUAGCAGCAAACAGAGCUAAACUAGCGCAGAAAUUGGCCUCAAAAAACAAAAAGGAAACCAAGAAGUCUCCCAAAAGUCCGAAGGCCGUAGAUCGCGUAAAGAAACCACGCGUGUGGGAGCUCGGUGGUGGUUCACGUGACUUGCCUUCCCUGGACUUCAGCAACGACAAGGAUGAGGCAGUUAAUGACAUCAUUCCCGAUACACAGCUCGUGGGGAAAAUGGCGGGAGAAAUUAAGGACUUGGAAGUGGAAUCAGACUACAGCAGCAGUGAUGAAGAGGUAGAACAGAAUACAAAAGAAAGCCCCAAGAAGUCUGGUGGAAUGUUCAGUCUGUUUAAAGGCCUAGUGGGAUCUAAAGCAUUAACUGAGGAAACGAUGCGCCCAGUGCUGGACAAACUGCGGGACCAUCUCAUAGCCAAGAACGUUGCGGCCGAUAUCGCCAACAAACUGUGCGAUUCUGUCGCUACCAAGCUGGAAGGAAAAGUGCUUGGUACGUUCGAUAGUGUCGCGAAGACGGUGCGCAGUACUCUGACGGAGUCCCUGGUUCAGAUCCUGUCUCCGAAGCGUCGCGUCGACAUCCUGCGCGACUGUAUGCACGCUAAGCAGGAGGGACGUCCGUACGUUAUGGCCUUUUGUGGGGUGAAUGGUGUUGGUAAAUCGACGAACUUGGCUAAAGUGUGUUUCUGGCUACUGGAGAACGACCUGUCCGUGUUGAUAGCGGCCUGCGACACGUUCAGGGCUGGAGCUGUGGAGCAGUUGAGGACUCAUGUCCGUCGCCUGGACGCACUCCAUCCUCAGCAAGUGCACUCGAGACGUAUGGUACAUCUGUACGAGAAGGGAUACGGUAAAGACGCCGCGGGAAUAGCGAUGGAAGCAAUCCGCUACGCGGCAGACUCCAAGAUCGAUGUCGUGCUAGUGGACACAGCUGGCCGAAUGCAAGACAACGAGCCUCUGAUGAGGGCCUUGGCCAAACUGAUCACCGUCAACGAACCAGAUCUGGUGCUCUUCGUCGGUGAAGCUCUCGUUGGCAAUGAGGCAGUGGACCAGUUGGUCAAGUUUAACCAGGCCCUCGCCGAUCACAGCUCAUCUUCCAACCCUCACGUAAUUGAUGGCAUAGUACUGACCAAGUUUGACACGAUCGACGACAAGGUCGGUGCCGCUAUUUCGAUGACGUAUAUAACAGGGCAGCCGAUUGUGUUCGUUGGUACGGGACAGACUUAUACCGACUUGAAGGCCCUGAACCCGGAGGCAGUUGUGAGGGCUCUGAUGAAGUGA